AUGAACCCUAGCAAACCUCUCCUCGCACCGCACCGGACAUGUCCGCCCGCCGCCGGACGCCGUCUGCCGCCGCCCCGACCAAUCCCAGCACGACACGUCGCCGCCGCCGGCCUUCUCUCUCUUCCCCGCCGCCGGGCCCGCUCGGCCCAUCCGAGGCCCGCCCCGGGCCCCGACCGGGCCCGAGCCCCCGCGCCCGCACCGCCCUUCGCCGGCGCCGGCCGCUGCCCGGCCGCGCCCCGCUCCGCCGCCCUUCGGCUCCCGCUCGCCGCCGGCGUGCCCGCGCUCCUGCGCCGGCCAUCGCCCUCGCCGCCGCCUCCCGCUCGCCUCCUCCACCGCCGGUUGCCGCCCCGGCCGCCCCUCCCGCCGCCGCACCGCCAGCCGCGGGCGUCGCCCCGCGCCAAGGCCGGCGUCCGCCUCGCCCUCCUCCGCCUCCCCGUGCCGCGGUCCGACGGGAUCCGGCGGGAUCCGGCCCAGAUCCGUCUUCUCCGGCGAGCUCCGCCUCCUUCCCCGCCAUUUCCGGCGAGCCCCGCGCCGGCGAACCUCGUUUCCCUUGAUCCAUUCCUGCAAUUGGUUGCAAUUAUGGUGUGCCAUAGCAUGUAUUAA